CCCUUCCCUUCCCAACAUCCAUCUCCCCAUCCCUUUUUCUCAUUCCUCUUUCAACAACCUCAAAACAGAACACAUUCACGAUGCUCUCUGCUCUCCGCCCCAUCGCCCGACCCCUCGCCGGCUCUCUCAGGACUCGCAUUGCGCCCAGGCCCUCUGCGCUCAAGUUCUCUGCCCUCAGGUUCGUCUCUACCACCAAGUACACUACUGACCACGAAUGGGUCACUUUUGAGUCUGAGACCAACGUCGGUGUCGUUGGUAUCACCGAGUACGCCCAGAAGGCUUUAGGAGAUGUCGUCUUUGUCGAGUUGCCCGGUGAAGGUACCGAGGUCGCCCAGGGUGAUUCCAUUGGUGCUGUCGAGUCUGUCAAGGCUGCCUCUGACAUCUAUGCCCCUAUCUCUGGUGUCGUCGAGUCUAUCAACGAGACCCUUGCCGACCAACCUAGCUUGUUGAACAAGUCUCCCGAGAAAGACGGCUGGCUUUGCAAGGUCAAGCUCUCCGACCCCGCCGAGUUUGAUGACCUCUUGUCUGCUGACGCUUACAAAGCCCAUUGCGAGGGUGCUUAAAGUAACUCAUCAAAAAAGGAUCAACUUCAAAUUAAUUCAUAUUCAUAUAUUUUUCUCUCAACAGAUUCAGUAAUUCUCAUCGAAUGUAGGGAUGCAGGCAUGCAAAGCGAAACGUUGUCCAUAA